GUCAUCAGCAAAACACUUCCUUCUUCCUGUUAUCAUUAUCUUAGGCUCCGUUUUUCUGUCAAAGAAUCUAUGCGGUGGUUGAUUACUUUGUUUCUCUUGCGGAAUUCUGAUAUUUAUGAUUUACAAUGGCUGCUUCUACUUCAGCCGCUGUUACAGAACCCCCUGGAUUAGAGACUCAACGCAAAGAAAUAGAGUCUCUGCUUCAGGGACAUGAACUUCGAGCAGGGGAUACUUGGUAUCUGGUGGAGAGGCGAUGGUAUGAGCAAUGGAAGGAGUAUGUGGAGACGGGAGACCAGAACUCUUCAUCUUUUCCUGGACAGAUAGACAACACAGAUCUGUUUGAGGAACUGGAUUCCUACCACCUGAAGGAGCGUCUGGUGGAGAAUGAGGACUUUGUGUUGGUCCCAGCUGAAGCAUGGCACAAGCUGCUGUCGUGGUAUGGUAUGGUAGACGAUCAACCUGCCUUGGCUCGGAAGGUGGUGGAUCUACCCAGCACAGUCAAGGUUGAAGUUUACCCUGUAGAGAUCUUCCUGUGUCUCCAUAGCAACAUGGAAAAUGUUGUGAAAGCACAUUUUAGCCGUGCGGAUCACAUCUAUACAAUUCAGAAAGUGAUGAUGAAACAGUUUGAGGUGGUUGAGGGGGCAGAAACACGGCUGUGGAUGAAGAGCUCAGACACCAGCUGUGAGAGGCUUCGGAACAUCCACAUCACUGUCCUUGACUCCUGCCUCAGCUCAGGCAUGACAGUCAUCAUGGAGAUGAGGAAUGCAGAUGGUACCUGGCCCAGCUCUAGACCUCAGAUUAUGAGGAACUCUGUGGAGGACCAGGACUCUUACCGGGGCCAGCCAGGAGUCUGUGGACUCACCAACUUAGGAAACACAUGUUUCAUGAACUCUGCACUGCAGUGUCUCAGUAACACACCUCCCCUGACUGAGUACUUCCUGCGGAGUGCCUAUCUGGAGGAGCUCAACUUCACGAACCCUCUGGGAAUGAAGGGGGAGAUAGCCGAGGCCUAUGCUGAUGUUGUCAAACAGAUGUGGUCAGGGAGGCACUACUCUGUGGUUCCCCGGAUUUUUAAGACCAAGGUUGGCCACUUUGCCUCCCAGUUUUUGGGCUACCAGCAGCAUGACUCCCAGGAGCUACUCUCCUUUCUGCUUGAUGGGCUCCAUGAGGAUCUUAACCGUGUCAAGAACAAGGAGUACAUUGAACUAAAGGACGCCAAUGGCAGGCCUGACCAGGAAGUGGCGGAGGAGGCUUGGCGUAACCACCGUCGACGUAACGACUCAGUGAUUGUUGACACCUUCCAUGGGUUGUUCAAGUCCACCCUGGUUUGCCCUGAGUGCUGCAAAGUGUCAGUCACCUUUGAUCCCUUCUGCUACCUUAGUGUGCCUCUGCCUGUUAGCAAGGACAGGGUGAUGGAGAUCUUUUUUGUCUCUCUGGACCCUGUGGCAAAACCUGUUCAGCAUCGAUUAGUUGUACCCAAAGCUGGCAAAGUUUUUGACCUGUGCUCUGCUCUCUCAGAAAUGACCAACGUUCCAGCCAAUCAAAUGGUUGUGGCUGAUGUGUUUAACCACCGCUUUUAUAAGAUCUAUCAUGCUGAUGAGUCUCUAAGCUGCAUCCUGGACCGGGAUGACAUAUUUGUGUAUGAACUGAGCAGUGGUUCUGUGGAAGAGGAUGGGGAUGAGGUGGUGCUGGCUCUUUACCUGAGGGAGCGCUCCCACUACAGGGACUACGGUUCAGGGAGCAGCAGCUAUGGGACUUCUCUGUUCGGACACCCAUUGCUUAUGGCUGUGCCACGAGGCCAGUGCACCCGUGAUGCUCUCUAUCACCUCUUCUUGCAGCGGCUAGAACGGUAUGUCCGACCACCUGAUCUGUCAGAGGAGGUAGAAGAGGAGGGUGAAGAUGAUGAUGACGAAGAACUGUAUAAGACCCAGACCAAUGGUGUCAGUGAUGGUGACUGUGAGGAUGAUGGUGAGAGGCCCAGAACGUCAGAGAGAGACAACCAUUGCGACGGUGGCCAUGGGGAUGGCCAAGCCGAUGUCCCUGCUGUAACCCAGACUUGGCCAGAGUCUGCCCAGAACCCCAAGUCUGCAGGACAGGCUUCAGCUGAGGAUCAGGACAGUAUUGAACUCCGGGCUGGGUGCAGCACAGAUGACAUCGCUUCUGCAUCCUACAGAGCCAGUGCUGAUGCCAGCAGUACAAGCCUUACAGACAGCCAACAGGGUUCAGGGUGCCAGCAGCAGCCAAGUAAGACAGAAAGUGAUUGCUGCCCUCAGGUUAACGAGAGGCAAGCCAAAAGGAAGGGCUGCGAGUUCAGACGCAGGAAGCUUCUUUUCACUAUCCAGGCAGUUAACUCCAACGGUACCACAGAGAGAGGCAUGGGAGAGGAUGGCAGUGCCUUUUCUUUCAGCUCUCAACCGUAUGUGGCCAUUGACUGGGAUCCUGACAUGAAGAAGAAAUACUACAAUGAAAAUGAGGCAGAGAAGUAUGUGAAACACCAAAGCAUGGAGGUCCCUCAUCAACAGACUACAGUGCAGCUGCAGGAAUGCAUUGAACUCUUCACCACUGUGGAGACACUGGAGGAAGAAAAUCCCUGGUACUGUCCAACGUGUAAGAAACACCAACUAGCCACUAAGAAACUGGACCUGUGGUCACUCCCUGAGGUUCUCAUCAUCCACCUGAAACGUUUCUCCUACACCAAGUACUCCAGAGAGAAAUUGGAUAUCAUUGUUGACUUUCCUCUCAGACACCUUGACUUCUCAGGUUUUCUGCUGAAGAAAGCUGGUACAAAUGGAGAGCCACCCAGCCGAUAUGAUCUAAUAGCUGUUUCCAACCAUUACGGCGGACUUAGAGAUGGACAUUACACCAGUUAUGCCUGGAACAAAGACAAUGGACAAUGGUAUUACUUCGAUGACAGCAAGGUGACAUAUGCAAAGGAGGAACAGAUUGUGACUAACGCUGCCUACCUCCUGUUCUACCAUCGACAAGAUAAGAUUCGUCAGCCAACCUUACCUGCCCCCUCAGACAGCUCCUCCCCUCCCAGCCAGCCUGCUAAUGAUGUAACUUCCCUCAAAUAUGAUGCAAUGGAGGGGACCACUUCCUGUGUCAACAUGGAAACAGACUGAAAAAGGACUUUUAUUAAUGUUUUUCCUGAGUUGAUGGGGCUUUUUGCUUUAUUUUAUUUCUUUCCUAUUCCAAAAAACUUGAACCUUUUGCCUCCAAUCUCUGCAUUGAACAAGGAGUGAGAGGCGGAGGCUAGAUUCUCAGGCUGGUGCAGAAGAGUGAGGGACGCAAUUAAUUUGUAUUUCUUAAAAAAGAUUAUCUAGUAAACCUAGGGAGACCAAUGUAGUAGAAUAUUUAACAAUGAUUUUUGAUGUAGUUUAAUCACUGACAAAGUUUUGCAUUCUUUGUCUGUGCUGAUGCCAAAUUGACCUCUUAGAGAUUGGACAUUUUCAGCUAGUUCAAGACCUAUGUAUUGUGAAUAUUUGUGCACCACUAGUAAUCUCUGCUGUGAUGCACUGUUGCAAAGAUGAACUCUAACUUUGAUCAGUUGCUGUGCUUUCUAAUUGAGUACAAUUCUAAGCACAUUUCCUUGACUGUUUGAAUAGAUAAAAAUGAUCUUAAAGGUAAACCAGAACAUCAGGUUAAUGAUUUCAGUUAACCCCUCUGACUUUAAAAUGACAUUCCCCUGUAACUUAAUUUUUCUUUAUCUGGGUUUGUAUUAUUCGAAAGUGAAGUGUUGCAAUAUGAUAGAACAUUACAGUUAACAAAGGAAAUUGGCAUUGGAAACCAAAACUUUGAAUAUACUUUAUGUUCUGUGGAAUAUGUUUUUUCUUUUGAUACAUUCUUAUGUCUGAAAAGGUCAUACCCCUUCACUUACAAUCACACAAAUUGGGAAUAUCAGUGCUUUUGAGAUUUGGCAAUUUUGCUUAUGAUCAGCUUUUGCCGUGUGCAAGACAUUAACAAAUGCAUAUUUUCAAAUAGAAGUCAACAUUUUUAAUCUACACAUGCUACACAUUACAAUUCAGAUGUAUUUUAUUCUGUGCACUUUCUUGAUGAGCAAUGAGAAUACAGGGCAGUGCUUUCUGGGUAGAGCUCUUAAAUGAUUUUUAAAGCACAUCUGUACAGUAUUUUUGUAAUGUAAUAAAUGCUAUCUUUAGUCAUCUGGAUCAGAUGCCAGGGAUUCAUUUACUUUAAAUAAUAGAUGGAAUAUUUGGUUGUAUACUGAUUAUAUAUGUGUAUGUUUAUAUGUUAUGAUGUAUGACUAUAGCCAACAGAGAGUAAGUACAUUUGACACUUCUACCUGAUAUUGUGGCUUUCCCAAUAUUUUUCACCAGUAAAUGAUCACAAAAAAAAACAGUCUAAAUUGGUUGUGUUUAACUGAUCUAUUCCUUCUCUGGAAAUAUGGUUUAGAAUUCUUCUGUGGCCAAAAUCUAAAUGGCAACGCCUGCUUAUUUUGGGUACAUUCUUCACUGAGAUGGCAAUAUACAGGACAGUAUAUAAAAAAACUGUAACUGGAUAAUACAUUACUGUCUGAAAAUCUGUAGGUCAGUCAUACCUUUUGUUCUCAUCUCAAUUGUAUAGGGAAAUUUUUUUUUAUUGGCUUCUACUGUGAAAAGUUAGCUUGCUUGCAUAGGGUUAAUUACACAAUUUCAUCCAUCUGUUCACAACUUGUCUGAGCAUUCAGUAGAACCUAAGGAAGAACUCUCCCAAUGUGGUUUGGCCUUUUACCUGAGGUAUCUGGGACAGGGAAAACAGCCUUCCCAAACAAAUUUUUUUUGGUCCACCGAAACUACUUAAUAUCCAAUAGGAUACACUAACAUCCACAUUAAGGAUGUUUUUGUGCACUGAUUAUUGUACCCACUUUCUUUUAUGGAGGACAUUUCACACUUGUAUUGUCUUAACUGCUCAAUGUGGCUUUGACACACAAUGCAGUGAAAUGGCUGAUUUACAGUGGGUAUGUGAUUAAAAUCAAUUAAUGAUG